CAAUUGGAAGUAUUUUGGGGUGAAGGCAAAGUAUAUAAGAGAUGUUGGGCUCCUCUGACUACUAGACUAGACUACUAUAUUGCACUGAGCUUAACCAUCCAUCAAGAGAACUUUCUCACAUUCGAUUAAUAUCGUCAACAGACAAAAUCACAUUGCCUUUUGGCAGAUAAAAAUCUCAAGCUUAUUACCUCGUGUAAACCCUUAGCUCAAAAACUAGUCACGAAAUCGACAUAGAUAUGGCCAUAACCCAAGUUCCCCGUGGCCCUGUUACCGCCAAGUUGAACUUCUUCAAGCCACCAGAGGAUGGUUCAAUACCUUACAACAACCUUGGCCUCCCAAGAGGCAGCCCCGGUGGUCACAACUAUGGAAUUUGUCCACAUCAAGUCGACAUCGAGGACAUCCGCGGCCGCGAGUCUGAGUUCAAUCUAGAUCGGGACGCUUUCGCGGUUGUCCAGGGCGUUCCUCCGUCCCGCGAGGUAGACUUUGUGGACGACGAGUCCAUCAAGGAUAAGUAUUACCCUGAGGUCGAGAAGCUCCUCCUGGAGCAGAUACCCGACAGCAACCGGGUGGUGAUUUUCGACCACACAGUCCGUCGUUCCUCGCCCACUGCCGACCGUGCCCCCGUGCUGCAGGUGCACAUCGACCAAACGGCAAAGUCGGCGGCCCUGCGCGUACACCGCCAUCAGCCCGAGAUAGCCGAGGAGCUUCUCAAGGGACGUUACCGCAUCGUCAACGUCUGGCGUCCUCUCAACAAACAGCCGAUUGAGGCUUCCCCGCUGGCUAUGGCGUCCUCCUCAACACUUGAGGAUGAGGACGUCGUUCCUGUCGAGCAUCGCUACCCGAAUGGGUACACAGGCGAGACAGCCGGGAUCAAGUACAAUAAGGGUCAACGCUGGUACUAUCUCAGUGGCAUGAAGGGAGACGAGCGAUUCUUGAUUGAGUGCUUCGAUAGUGAGAGCCUGAAACCGUUAACGGGUGUUCAGGGGGGUCGGGUGGCUCAUACUGCCUUUGAGGAUCCCAGGACCAGACCUGAAGCUGAGGGUCGGGAGAGUAUUGAAGUGCGGGCUUUGGUGUUUGGACCAUGAAGUUGUCUUUCGGUCACAUGGGGAACGUGUAUUUUGUUGUUGAAGUGUUUUGUUCAAUGGCGUUUGUAAGCAGUUUGAUUUAUUUCUGAGUUUGAAGUGAGAGAAACUUGAAAAAAAAAGAAACUCCAGAUAUUAAACAUUGCUUGUCGGUGACCACG